AUGUCAUCAAAUGGACAUAGAAGAACUCAACAUCCUAAUAGUUCUCCCAAUCAUGCAUUUGAAACCAACAGCCGAUUUUUCCCAGUUAUUUCUUCUCAAGUAGCUUAUAGGAAUAAUGAAUUGAGUUCCAACGUUCCCACACUGCCACGGAAUCCAACAAACAGACCUAGUACACCUUCGAAUAGCCCUGGUAGACCGCAACUUGCGUUAAACGAUGGAAUGUUUUACGUGAGACCAGAGAGUGGUUCUCAGUCUUUGAAUUUGGAAGAACAAGAUGCUGAAUUAUCGAACACUGACUCCAACAGAACACCCAACUCAUCACCAGUGAGCCCUCAUCAGGAAGUCAUUGCGAGCGCAUUGGGCUUUAGCAGCCAUUCAAGGGUUUACCAACUAUCGGCUACAAACAGUUCUAAUGGAGCUCAUAAUUCGACUAUGAGUCUUAUGGGGUCCUUGGUGGACUCACCAUCAUCUAAAGACAUUAGAAAGUACUUAGCAUCACGCCCGAGUACAGCACCUACAGGCCACCGUAAAAGAACCAUCAAAUUGACAAAACCGGACCAUAACCUAGAAGCACCUGGCUUGAAGGAUGAUUUCUACUGCAACGUGGUGAGUUGGUCCAAAAUGACCAACCGAAUUGCAGUAGGCUUAAAUAAGUCCGUUUACUCCUGGAGCACAAAUAAUGAUGUAGUUCUCAUGCACCACGACAACUACAUAACUGUUACAGCUGUGUCAUAUUCCGAUCAUGAUUAUAUACUUAUAGGAAAGGAUAAUGGAGAGGUUUUGAUGCUAUCCCAACGUGAAAAUGCUGUCAAGGCCACACUCUCCAACCACGACAGAAGCAUAUUUUGUUUCCAAUGGUUCCCUGAUUCACGCCAGUUUUUAGCCGGUGACUCCAAGGGAGAUGUAUUAUACGUUAAAAUCACCGAAGACAGUAUGGGUAACGUCAGUCUAAGGUUACAAUGCAUUUUAGAAUGUCAUCAACAACAGAUUUGCGGUAAAUAUUACUUUUAACUGUCAGCAACAAGGUCUGAAACACAUACUAACAUCUCUACAGGUCUCGCCCUAAGCAAAGAUUCUCAACUACUAGCCGUAGGAGGAAAUGACAACUGCUGUUCGAUCUGGGACGUCUCCGAUGUUUUAGCACCAAAGAUCAAACUGGUAUUACCCCACAAGGCAGCCGUCAAGGCCAUAGCCUUCUGUCCUUGGGCAAAUUCAAUUUUAGCUACAGGAGGCGGUAGCAACGACCGUACUAUCAGAUUCUGGCAUGCUAACACUGGAACUCUACUAAAUACAUUUGCUGCAAAAGCUCAGGUUACGUCCUUAUUCUGGUGUAAGGACCGAAAAGAACUAAUAUCAACCUUUGGUUAUGGCAACUCCGAAAAACCUUUACUUCUUGCUGUCUAUUCUUACCCGGAAAUGAUACCUUUGGUCGAAGUCUCCAGUACUACGUACCUCCGAUGUUUAAGUGCAUGCCAAUCGCCCGAUAGGAGUUCCAUUUGUGUUGCCGCAAAUGAUUCGUUUGUAAGAAUAUAUAAAAUUUGGCAAUCCACCGAAGGACCACCUUUGUCACCCGGGUCAAGGAGCAUUGGAAUCUACGGCAGCUCUUUGAUUGAGAUGUAUGAAGGUAUCACAAGGGGUGAUAUUCUUCGGUGA